AUGAACGACGAGAACCUUGUGCGGAGCCUCUCCUUCCUCCUCGCCCAGGUGGCGGCGGUGGAGGCGGCCACGGAUGUCGAGCCCAGACCUGAGCAGCGGAGCAACGACGAGAACAGCAACAGGAGCAUCACCAUCACCCAGAAUAAUAAUAACAACAACAAAGGCAGCAAUGCCGGUCCGAAAAGUGCGAACAAGAACAGCAAGAGCGCAGUUUGGGAUAAGAAUAAUAGCAGCAGCAGCAGCAGCAGCAACAGCCACAACAACAGUGCCGCCCAGCCCCGCUUGCCGUUUCUGUCGGCCUCAUUCUUCUCGCUUGCGGCGGAUGUUAACAGCGAUGGGGCGGUGGAUGGCGCACCGCUGCUCUUCGACAUCCCGCACCGCGCGGAGGCCGCCACGAUUGGCAGCGAUGCGAAUGCAGCCGCAUCGGUUUCUCUGCCUCUCGGCUACCACGGCGGCACGAAUGCUUUCACGCCAGAGGGGGUGGUGAAGACGCCAUCGACGUCUCCGUACUCUGUGACGGCGGGACUCACGCCGUCAACGCACAGCUCGAGCGUGGUGCGGCCGUAUAUCCAGCAGUCCGCUACGGCAGCGGCGGCAUCAGCCGGAGGAGGUGUCGGUACGCCCACCGCAAAGGCGAGUCCGUCAGUUACGCCUUUUUGGAUGGGGCCUCAUGGGUGUGGGCCCGUCAACAGUUCUGCUAUUGGGGCGAAAAACAACAGCAUCGAUAAUAACAGCAGCCGCAGCUUCAAUGACCCUAUGAACAGCCUUAACCUGGUACUCAAUUUGUCGCCUGUCAAUGCCCCCAUCAAUUCAGCAGCUGCAGCUACAUCCCCACCCCACAGUAAUGCCAACAACGGGAUGGUCCUGAGUGGGGGCCCCUACACCCUGCAGCAGUAUCAUGUAGCAAGUGGUUUGCAGACUGGGAUGCGAGGUGGAGGCGGCAUCCCACAGCCGCAGCAACAAAAACAACAGCUGCCGUGUGUCGACAGGUAUGAGUCUCCCUCCGAGUCUCUUCGUGAUACCACACUGAUGCCACCACCGCUGCCAUCCUCACACCUUGUGGGAUGCCAAGGCAUGAUGAUGACUUCUAUUCCUGCGACUGGCAACAAUAACAGCAACAGUAGUGGCAAUGGUGGCCACCACAGUGCGUGGAUGAUCUCUGAUGAGCAUCAGGGUAGCUUGAAGUCUUCGCUACCCCCAAGUGGGGGGGAGGUCACGGGCGUUUUCCGUCCAGACAGCAGCGCCGCGUCGGCGCGGCGCCACCUGCCAUACAGUUACCGCCAAGCACACCUCUCUCCCGUGACUUCACUGGCGUCAAGCGGUGCCGGUGAUGCCUACCACGCGCCCAUGGCACUGCCGGAUAGGCAUCAGAGUCCGGUGGCCAGCGGCGCACCGCUGCGCUCGCCUGAACUGUCGUCGUCGACGACGUCGCGGGCGUCGUUCCAACUUGCAUUGCACCGUGGCUCCGUGGUAAAAAUGGUGAGCGACCAGCAAGGCUGUCGUGCACUGCAGUCCGUGCUUGAGCACUACCCGUACCACACGCAGGAAGUGCAGUGCAUCGUGUCAGAGCUGCUCCCUGUGCUGCCACAGGUUAUGACGAACCCGUACGGCAACUUUCUUGUGCAGAAGCUUCUGGAGAUUGCGCCGGAUGAGGAGCGGCUGCGGCUGUUGGCGCAGCACCUCUCGGGGUCGCUCUGUGAGGUGGCCGUAUCGCCGCACGGGAACUACGCGGUGCAGAAGCUGAUUGACUCGCUGCGGUCGCGCCGGGAGGUGGAGGUUGUGUGCACUGCACUGCAACGUGGUGUGCUAAUGCUGAUGAAUGAUCUCAACGGCGGGCAUGUGGUGCAAAAACUNCUCCAGUGCCUGCAGCCAAGUGAGGUGGUGUUUUUGUACGAUGCCAUUGUGGAGAGGACGCUGGAUGUCUGCAACGACAAGCAGGGAUGCUGCGUGGUGCAGAAGUGCAUGGACCGCGCUCCUCCAGACCAACUACUUCGGUUAAAACAGGCGGUGCUGCAUCACAUGUUGCCGCUUUCCAUGAGUCCGUUCGGCAACUAUGUGGUGGCACACCUCAUCAUACACUGUGAUGGGCUGAGGCAGCAGGAUGUGGUGGAUGAGGCGGCCCUACGUGCAGGACCCGCGCUGGAGCUGCUCUGCACCAACAAAUUUGCCUCCAAUGUGGUGGAGAACAUUGUGCGUCUGUGCAGUGAGCAUGCCAAGGUGGAGUUGUGUCGUAUUCUGCUCCAGGGGUCGAAUGAUAAGAUGUCACUUGUCUUUGGCAGCAACGGUCCACAUAACCGCCACCAUCAACAACAACAACAGCAGCAGCAGCAACAGUCAUCAUCACGUCAAGCGCUGCAUAAUGGCUCUUCAGUGCUCGCAAACAUUGUGCUUGACCCGUACGGCAACUACGUGGUGCAAACUAUGCUUUCUGUUUUGCCUGUCGGUCCGGAGCUGGUGCAGCUGCUGCGCCAGCUGCAGCGAUACCUUCCGGCGCUAAUGGAGGCGAAUUUCGGGAAGCGUGUGGCGGCUAAGAUGGAGCAGGCCAGGGCACGGGUGACGCAGUGCUGCCCACCGAAGGCCCUCAUCUCUGAUGACGAGGGCAACAGCAGUGCUGGUAUGUUUGCGCGUGUUGACACGGCGGCGUACACACAACACCACCACCACCGUGCAACGGCGAUGGUGGGGGCAGACUCCGCCACGCCGCAGUCACAGCCGACCGCGGCGACGACGCUGUUGCUUUCACGCGAUAGUGGCACAAGUGCUGGUGAAAAUGGCAGCCCUGCUUCUUGCUUUGGUUCGCCAUCAACUGCCCACGUCUCGUCAAUGCCGCCGCAUGGCCAACAGCCACAGCAGCGACUUGAUUUUUAUCACCCCAAGCAGCAGCAGCAGCAGCAGCAACACCACGGUGGCCGGUACAGGGGCCGGCGGGACGUCCGGGCAAAGUGA